GUCACUUCGUAGCGGUUCGGUCAGUCGUGUUCGGGGUGACACGGUUUGCAAGUCGGAAUGCGUUUUCUUCACGACAGUGACGCGGACGCGUCGUGAUACGUGCUCGGCACGUGGCGUACGUGUACUUCUCGGUGUGCGGCUUCUGAUGUUUUCGAUCGAGGAAGUGGAAAGGACCGAGACGACGUCGUAGAUGCGCGAGGGAGUCUUGGCAGGUCCGAAUUAUCAACGAUCGUCGGAUCUCGCAGUCAGUCUGACGAUUACGGAGAGAGGAGAAAGAAGAGAAAAAAAAACUGCCUCCUCUUUCUCGUUUCGAGUUACAACGAGUAUCGCGAUAGGGACACGCAAAGAUGCACGAAAGAGCUCGUUGAGGGCCAGAGAGACCCGAGACGACACGCAGACUAGCGCGAGAGGGUCAGAAGUGCACGUUUGGGCCGGACGAUUGGGCUAGCGCGACGUACCGGCGCGUGCCGACGGAUCGACGCUGAGCGUCGCCGUCAGCGUCAUAUACGAGACAAGGACAUACAUUUAACGUGACCGAUUAUCACCGUCGUCAUUGUCAGUGAUAUGAUAAUCAGUGAAUAGAAGUGAUACGACACGAGGGUUACCGUGCCGAGCGGCGCGAUGCGGCGUCGCGUCGCCCAUCGAUGCUUGCUCGUCGGUGGUAGCCAGGAAGGCGUCGUGGCGACAAGCAGCGGCGGCGGUGGUGUCGUCGGCACGUCGUCCGCCGCUGAAGAAUGGACAUCGGAUGCGACGAAAGGAGGAAUUGUCAUUAUCAGUGGAUUCGUCGACGCGGUGCGCGACGCCGACAUCGCCGUCGUCGGUUGUCGCAGUCAGCUGCUUCUUCCCGCGACCGACGUGAUCGAGCGAAGCCGGUGAUUCGCGUAGUUGAGGUAAAUCGGUCGCCGGCUCGGAUUUGGAUGGAAGACGACGACGACGAAGGCGGUGACGACGACGCGGCGACGACGACGACGACGACGACGACGACGACGACGACGAGGGCGAGAGGAUGCCUGGUAUCGUGGUGUUCCGACGGCGCUGGAGCGUCGGCAGCGACGACCUCGUUGUACCUGGCGCUUUCCUCUUCAUCCUUCAUCUCAUAUGUUCAUCUUGACGCCUUCGACCGGCCGGUUGUUUGUCGCGUACGGAGUGUCGCGUCGUGCGUGCGUAGGUUAUGUCAUCCGGGACGUCGUUGCAGAAUGCCGAGCUUGAUCGCAUUCGGCAGAAGAUGGAGGGUAGGCAGCGACGAUCUUCUGCUACCUGGCGUUGUCUUGUUCUGGACCCAUCUGUUCGAGCUGACAGUGCUAGGCGUUCUACUGGGGAUUCUCGAGUGGAAUCGUAGCGUCACCUGCAUCCUUCUCCUGUGGGAAUACGUGAUCGGGUAUGAGGGUCUCUUCGUGGCUUGCAUGGCAGUGGAGUUCUCCAUCUGUUUCCUAGCGACGAGGGGCAGCAUCCUGGACACCACGGCGAGAGCGCCGAUGCAGUACAUUCUGUAUAUCCGAUUGUUCUUGGUACUGGUGGAGAUCGGUUGGUUGUGCGCAGGUGUUACGUGGUUAGCGCGUUAUUAUCAAACCUGUCCAGUGGACCAAGCUAAAGAUGUUAUGUUAGGUUUAGUGAUAUCGAACUGGUGCUUACUGGCAUUUUUGAUGGCGACCAUUUGGUGCACGUACGAUGCGGCCGGCAGAUCCUGGGUAAAGAUGAAGAAGUAUCAGCGCAGCAUGAGGGAGGCUGAGUCGAGAGCGGCCAGAUUGCAUUACAAGCGCAGCGGCAGCAGAAAUCGAAAUUGGCGACAACGAAAAGUCAUACGUGCCUAUCAAGACAGUUGGGAUAAUCGGUGUAGACUGCUGUUCUGCUGCCUGGGAAACUCUGAUCGCAAUCGAAACUCGUUCGCCGAUCUUGCGCGGCUGCUGAGUGACUUCUUCCGCGACCUGGAUGUCGUGCCAUCGGACGUGGUGGCCGGGCUGGUGUUACUGAGAAAGUUUCAGAAGAUCGAGCGCGAGCUGAUAGUGAAGCAGCGCAAGAAUGACACGUACGAAUUUUUGUCGGGAGUUCCGGUCACUCCACGCACCAAAUUUCUGUCCAUGACCGAGGACGGUGACCUGGGCCACUUUCAAUUGGCUAUCCAUUAUAUGCACUUUGCCCUCGCUGCUUACGGCUGGCCGAUGUUCCUUGUCAGUUCCUCCACCGAACUCUGCCAGCUAUGCACCAGAUUGCAAUGUUGCUGCUGUUGCUUCCCGUGCGGCGGACACCGCGAGGACGAGACGACGAUUGUCGAGGACAAUUGCUGCCGGUGCAAUUACGCUGCCCUGAGCAGGAUGCUCGAUUUGGGAGAAAUCGAGGUCGUUUAUGCGACCUUCCAUGUGGACGUCGGCGAGACGCCGUUUUUCGUCGCUCUCGAUUAUACGAAGAGAAAGGUUGUAGUUAGUAUACGAGGAACCUUAAGCAUGAAGGAUGUACUGACAGACCUAAACGCCGAGGGUGAGGUGUUACCUUUGUCACCACCGAGGGAAGACUGGCUCGGUCACAAGGGAAUGGUACAAGCUGCCGAAUACAUACGCAAGAAACUACAGGAAGAGGAUAUCAUCGCGCGCGCCCUCGCCAAGGAUCCUUCCAGAGGUACACAUCAAUUCGGCCUGACGCUGGUGGGACAUUCGCUAGGCGCUGGCACUGCGGCGAUCCUCGCGAUUUUGCUCAAACAGGAUUACCCGGACCUGAUAUGCUUCUCGUUCGGACCACCUGGUGGGCUGUUGAGCAUGCCUGCCCAACAAUACAGCCAGGAAUUCAUCACCUCCGUGGUGGUAGGCAAGGAUGUCGUGCCGAGGAUCGGACUUCGACAAAUGGAGAGCCUUAGGGCGGAUCUCAUCAACGCCAUAAAGAGGAGUGUCGAUCCUAAAUGGAAAACGAUAGCGUGUUCGGUGAUGUGCUGUGGCUGCGGCUGGACGCCUACGUCAGCGGCGAAUUUGGAGGCUGGUGGUUGCAUCGGCGAAUACCAGCGGGACAAGGACCGAGCGCGUGCCCAGACUAUUGUGCCCAGCGAUUCCAGUAUUGCCUUGACCCUGCACAGACCUUUAUACCCACCUGGCCGGAUCAUACAUGUAGUGCGACAUCAUCCUAACAAGGGCGAGCAAAAGUAUGAGACGCGUUGGAGACAAAUGUUGAGCAAGCGCGAGCCCGUGUACCAGGCGCUGUGGGCCGGUCCGUGCGAUUUCGACGAAGUGCUGAUCAGCCCGGUGAUGAUACAAGAUCACAUGCCGGACAACAUGUUGCGGGCGCUGAACAAGGUUGUGACGACCCUGGGACCGGCGAAACCGCAGAGACUAACAUCGGGACAUGCGUCAUCAACGGAGGCGUCGUCGGAGACGGCGCGCGAGCACCACAUGAUCGAAGUUCAGGAGUUAGAGAUACAGGAGCAGGAGAUGCGGGCUCUGUUAUCGCCAUCCAGCCCAAGCAGAUACCAACUCGGCAAUCUGGCCGGCACGCCGCCACAUCGACUCUGCCUGGAGACAAGCUUCACGUCGCUGCAGAGUCCAACGGACAUACCUCAGGCCGGUCGUGAACUCAGCGUAGACUCCAGAGGCAUCCCGUGGGAAUACGUCAGCCUUGCCAGCGAACUACUCCACACACCCAGGCCAGAGGACAGCAAACCACCGAGUCGUUGGGACGAUCCAACACGCACGGCACCCUUGGCCACUCCGGAGACGUUGUCAGAGGCAUCGACAAGUAGUAGUCCUCCGUCGCCAGUGCCAGCACCGAGACCGAUGCGACGCACACCCAAGAUCCCGGGAAACUUGUCAACGGCGGCGGACGAUCUGAAGAAUAAUCUGCACUACGCAAUGCUCUCAGCAAAGAACUAUUUCCUGAGGACGAAAGGGGAGCACGCGACGGGCAGUAAUAACGGCAGUAGUAGCGGCAAUAGUGAGGCGAGCUACGAGAGUGCCAAGAGUCUAGCCACAGCCGGUCUUCCGCCGCCGAUACCGAGACGACGGGACUCCGUCAUUGUUAGAAGGGAACAACGGACGUGCACAGCGGCGUGCUGCAGGGACGAUCUCUCCGAGAAUUCGUCGACUCAUACGUCGUCGCAUUCCUCAAAGAUAUCCCAUAAUUCUCAUCGCGUUCAAGUAGAGUUUAACGAGGAAGAGAACGAUACCAAUGGUUCCGGCUUGGACUUUUACGAAGCCAAGGGUUCCUCGGGUCAGCGUGAUAGCAGUAACGAUGUCUUCCUCAGCGUACGCAGUUCACCAGAGUGCAAAGGGCUGAUGGCACCAGCUACAGAUCUAGGCGCCGAGUGGAAGAAGCGAUUUGACGCUACAGGUAUGAGCGGCGAUGCCUCGUUACCGCUUCUUCGAGGUCUAUCUCCUACGCCGACCACUGGCCAGCACAGUUCACCGUUCUUCAAUGCGAAACGGAAGAAAUACGUGUAUCCUAUCACGCUGGUGGGACGAGGCGAGAGCAGUGUUUAGUGUAAUAAUUUUGAGGACCAUUAGUGAUUACGAAAACGUCCUUAAGGAGGCAGAAUGGAAUGGCAGAAAUAGAACAAAGUCCUGUAUGCUUCGGUGUGAUCUAAUCUCCUUUAACAAGGAAUAUUCGAUAUGAAACGGUUCUUACUCGACACAGUAAUAAGCAAACUCAAUCGAGGACCAUGAGACUUGUUUAGUAGUCAGAAAACGACCUUCAGAUACGUGUGCCAAAACUUAUUCCUUUUCUUCCACUAUAUCUCUUUUCGUUUUUCGACUUGCGGACUUUUCAGCUAACGAUUUCUUAAUAGCUAAUUUAAUAGCAGUGAAUACGAAAAAUUUACAUAGGUGUGAUUAUUUAGUGAUACGAAUAUGAAAUAAAGAGAAUAUAUUCGUGCUUCCAAGCACAACGUGCUUGAACGAUACUCGACUCCAAUAUGACGAUUAUACUUUAGUAAUUGAUUAAAAUUCGACGUAGUUGCACAUCUAUCCUUUCCGGGAUUUCUAGUUUUGUAUUGUAAAAACCUACAUCGAUUUAACGAGUAUCGAAACGAAGGAAAGGUAUUUCCGCAACUAACUACGAAUCUCUUAGUCAAGAUUAAACUGUAUACUACACAUGUGGCAGCAGUGGCCUACUCAGCAUCGAUAUUAUUUGUUAGGAGGUACAGUAGAGUGACAUUGAUUUUUAUACAUUUCUAAAUGUAGAUUUGAAAAUUGAAUGUCAUGUACGUUCCGUUCGAUCUUUUGAUAUAGUUUGUACUACUCUUAGUUCUUAGGGACGCGCUUUAAUGUACAAACCAACACUAUCACACGAUUAAUUAACGUCGACGCAUACUUUUCUAUUAAUCUAUCUAUGUGUGAUGGAGUUACUUUAACGAUACAUACAUAGGUAAUGCGGAUGGAGAAACGUCGGAAUUGUAUAGCCGAAAAUAAAUGCGAAUGUCGACUGUUUCUGAGACCACACUUAAGGAUCAGAAUCUCGACAUCGCUAUGUACUUAUGUAAAAAAAAAAGAUUGACAGGACGUACCACAUCCUCCAGGUGACAUUUAAUUUCUAGUCAUUAUAACUUACACUUAGAAAAUGUAAUAUUUAUAGAGUCCUUGCAGGACAUAGUUGAUUUUAACGUAAUAAAAUUAUUUGUAAGAAA